AUGGCGAAAUCUCCAGAAACAGAGCAUCCAAACAAAGCCUUUGGUUGGGCUGCUAGAGACAAAUCUGGUGUUCUCUCUCCUUUCCACUUCUCUAGAAGAGACAAUGGUGAAAAUGAUGUGACAGUGAAGAUCUUGUAUUGUGGAGUUUGUCACACUGAUUUACACACAAUCAAAAACGAUUGGGGAUACUCUUAUUACCCUGUUGUUCCCGGCCAUGAAAUUGUUGGGAUCGCUACAAAAGUUGGCAAAAACGUGACUAAAUUUAAAGAAGGAGACCGCGUAGGAGUAGGAGUGAUCACUGGCUCAUGCCAAUCUUGUGAAUCUUGUGACCAAGAUCUUGAAAACUACUGUCCUCAAAUGUCUUUCACAUACAAUGCAAUUGGAUCCGAUGGAACCAAGAACUACGGUGGAUAUUCCGAGACCAUUGUGGUCGAUCAACGGUUUGUUUUACGGUUUCCCGAAGGAUUACCGAGCGAUUCGGGUGCGCCAUUGCUCUGCGCUGGUAUCACUGUGUAUAGUCCAAUGAAGUACUAUGGUAUGACUGAGCCAGGGAAGCAUUUAGGUGUAGCUGGACUUGGUGGUCUUGGUCAUGUUGCGGUUAAGAUUGGUAAAGCUUUUGGUUUGAAAGUUACUGUGAUUAGUUCUUCUCCUGAUAAAGAAGACGAAGCGAUUAAUCGACUUGGUGCUGAUUCGUUUCUUGUCUCAAGUGAUCCCAGGAAGAUGAAGGUUGCAAUCAAUACAAUGGACUACAUUAUCGAUACGGUAUCAGCAGUACAUGCUCUGUAUCCGUUGCUCGGUUUACUCAAAGUUAACGGAAAGCUCGUCACUUUAGGACUACCUGAGAAGCCUCUCGAGCUACCAAUUUUCCCUCUAGUUCUCGGAAGGAAAAUGGUGGGAGGAAGUGACGUUGGAGGAAUGAAGGAGACACAAGAGAUGCUUGAUUUUUGCGCUAACCAUAACAUUACAUCUGAUAUUGAAUUGAUCAAGAUGGAUGAGAUUAAUACUGCAAUGGAGAGGCUUGCUAAAUCUGAUGUUAGGUACAGGUUCGUCAUUGAUGUGGCUAACUCCUUGAGCCCUCCAUGA